GCCAUCACCUUGGUUUCUCUUAAAAGCCAGACCCGCCCUGAUUUGGGAUUCAGUAUCUUGGCACCUCCGUUUGUUAUAUCGUCCAGAUUGAGCGUCCGCUCGUCGUCAUCAAGCGUCGCCAACUGCGGCCGCCACUUUGGUAGGAGCGUGAAGGAGGAGACUAACGGUGACUUGUGAGACGGACUUCAACGGGGAGCACAGAAUACCCAACACUGUUGCACGGAUGAUGGGCCAGCUAUUUCAGUGGCCCUUCAUCUUAUCUCCCGCGACUUGCAGGCCCUUCAUGUACGGGACCUUUUCGACCUUUUCUUCCCGUUUCCAUUUCCCAGCCAGCUGGGCAACUCUACAGACGCCAAGGCGAGCUAACAAGGUUGCUUUGCUUUUCCUGCAGGGCGGUGCAACGCCCAAGCGAGGAACCCCAACCAUGACUCGGCCUUGUUUGGGGAGUUGGGAACUUGGGACUGGAGUUCUUGGCCGUAAACCUUGGCAAUUAAAACGGGAUGAACAUGAAUGGGGUUGUUAGUGUGCUGCAAAGCUGACAACCCGCAUGGGCGCAUAGGGGGGUCCAUCGAGACUUGGCAUAGUCGGAUGGGAUAUAUGGGCGGCUCGCCAUGUCGACCUUUGGUAGUUUCUAGUCUUCCUCUUCUUCUUUACUGCUAGUCAACUGUCCGUCUUCUUCUUGUAAGACAACGUCACUCGUUUCUAACUACCAAAGUCAUUCUUUACAUAAUACUAGUCAUUCUUUCGCAUCAUGCAUUUCAAGACCGUUGCUACCUCGCUCCUCGUGGCCGGAGCCGCCGCCUCCCCCUUCCGCCGCCAGACCUCGAACGAGACCUUCUGCGAUGAGGACCUCCCCGCCCCUCAGCCGAGCAGCACCAAGGCUCACUUCCCGCCUUACCCCGUGAACACCACCAUCCCCGGUGUUCCCACUACUCCCGGCAGCUCCUAUCCUCCCCCGUCAAACCCCGGAAACGGAGGCAACACUGGUUCCGGCUCAGGAUCUGGCUCCGGCUCUUCUGGUUCUGGUUCCGGUUCCAACACUGGUUCCGGAUCUGGCUCCUCCAGCUCCGGCUCCAACACGGGCUCCAACACUGGCUCCAACACUGGCUCCAACACUGGCUCCAACACUGGCUCCAACACUGGCUCCAACACUGGCUCCAACACUGGCUCCAACACCGGUUCCAACACCGGCUCCGACAAGGGCUCCGACAAGGGCUCCGACAAGGGAUCUGACAAGGGCUCCAACGGCGGUUCCUACCCCGGAGGAGGCAAGCCUGGAUCUGGCGGGUCAUGGCCUUCCGCUGCUCCCUCCGCUGCCGCCUCUGCUCCCGCCGGCAACGUCCCCUCGUACCCGGGCAAGCCCCCCGCCGGCUCUUCUUACAUUCCCUUCCCCCAGAACACCAGCAUUCCCACCGCUGCUCCCUCCUUCACCACCGUUCCCGGUGUUGCUCUUCCCACCGAGCCCAUCGCCGUUCCCAGCACCACCGUCCCCGCUGGCAGCAACGACACCAUCCCGGCCUCCACCUCCAGCACGGCCUCCGGAUCCGCCUCCGCCAGCGCUACCGCCCCGGCCACCAACAUCCCCUACGGAGUUGCCAUUACCAAGUGCACUGUUGAGGGUGACUUCGCUCUGACCUUCGACGACGGCCCGUUCACUUACACCGAGCACGUCCUCGACCUCCUCGCUGAGGCUGGCGCCAAGGCCACUUUCUUCGUCAACGGCGAGAACUUUGGCAACAUCAACAACUUCCAGGAUGUCGUCAAGCGUAUGGUUGCCGACGGCCACCAGAUUGGCUCGCACACCUACAGCCACCCCGACCUCGCCACCCUGGGCGACGCCGACAUCAUCCCUGAGAUGACCACGCUCGAGGAUGCUCUCAUCAACAUCAUUGGAAAGUACCCCACUUACAUGCGCCCUCCUUACUUCAGCUGGAACGACAACACCCUCUCCAUCCUGAAGGCUCUUGAGUACCACGUUAUCCACGCCGAUAUCGACUCCCUCGAUUACGCCAACAACGCUCCCCUCGGCAACCUUACCAGCGUCGGUAUCUUCGAGAAGAGUGUCGACGCCGGUGGUUCCAUUGCCCUGGCCCACGAGGUUCACCAGAACACCGCCGAGUACCUCGUCCCCGAGUUCCUCCGCAUCAUCAAGGAGAAGGGCCUGAACGCUGUCACCGUCGGUGAGUGCCUGGGCGACGCCGAGGCCAACUGGUACAAGACCAAGCGCACCUCCACCCCCACCGCCACCGCUUCCAAGAUCGUCGUCUCCAUCACCAGCACCGCUACCCCCACCGGCGUCAUCGGCCCUGACGGCGCCUGCGGCGGCUCCAACAACUACGUCUGUGAGGCUGGCGCCUGCUGCUCCGAGUACGGCUUCUGCGGCACCUCCCAGGCCUACUGCGGUACUGGCUGCCAGCCGCUCUUCGGCGUCUGCGGUGUCGCCGGCCCCGUUGCCUCCGGCGGUGAUGCCACCUCCAGCGCCCCCGCUGCUACCCAGACCGCUGCCACCGGCGGCGUCAGCCCCGACAGCUCCUGCGGUGGCUCCAACGGCUACACUUGCCCUGACAGUACCUGCUGCUCUGAGUACGGCUUCUGCGGAACCACCACUGCUCACUGCGGCACCGGCUGCCAGCCCAUCUUCGGCACCUGCUCUUAAGCUGGCUGUCUAGCUGAGGGUCGUGUGCGUGUGUAUAUGUAAUAAUGGUUGCAUCACGUUGAUGUGGUUAUGGGACAAAAUCUUUCCUUUAUAUAUCCUAGAGCUGUGCAUAGAGUCAAUAAAGUGUGUAUCUACUUCAUCUUUGGAUAUAGCCAAACCUAGCCAUCGAAUAGCCCGC